AUGCCUCCCAAAAAGCGCGCGACACCAUCCACCGCACCCAAGAAAUCGCGCGCGUCCAAACUAGCCCGCGAAAACGACAUCUCCGCCGAAGAGGAGAACGAAAUCAAAGAAGCCUUCCACCUAUUCUCCGCCCCGCACGACGAUUUCCCCGAUGAAAAGGAGGGCGUGAUACCGCAAGAGGAUGUGCGCAAGGCAUUGGUACCCCAAGAACUCCAGUCGAUCCUCUCCGCCCUCGACCCAACAUCCACCGGCCUCGUCCCCUACGCCCCCUUCCUCGCCGUCGCAGCCGCAAAACUCCACUCUCGCUCCGACGACGCCAACGCCGCAGAAGACCAGCUGGGCGAGGACCUCCUGCGGGAUAUGAUCCUCGAGGCGAAUGGGGGUGAGGGUGUACAGGCUGGGGUGACGUUGGAGGAGUUUAGGGAUGUUAUGACUCGUGCUGGGGUUUUUUGA